AAAAACAAACGUCAAACUGCAGACGUCAAUCAAUGUUGACAUCAGACUGAAAACAAAAUAGACCAGAAAUAAGAGUUGAGAAUAUUGUGGUUAAUAUAUUAUAAUUAAUUAUAUUUCUAAUUAUUCCAUUUGCUUACACCUUAUACUAACUAUAAAUCCAAAGGCCACAAUUUACGUCACAAAUAUGUCAACAUUUGAAGAGCGACGAAAAUCUUUAUUCAAUCAUUUGAAGGAUGCAGAAGAUCAAUAUUCUUUAUCACAUAAAAACAAAGUUGUACAACCACAAGCUGAUUAUGGCACUAUCGACAGAUAUACAUACAGAAAAUUGAAACAUGAAAUGAAACAAUUUCGUGGGCGAGAGAGUAUUUUCAAGCGACCAGAGGCUAACAUCAGGGAGUGUUUACGGGCUAAGACUAUACCAGAUCACAUAAAAAAUCCACAAAAAUGGGUUUAUUAUAAUCUCUCAGAUGUAACUCCAGAACAGAUGUCAGAUGCUACAAAUACCGCAACAGCCCUUGCAUUAAUAAAAAAGUUGGAGGAAAAGGCAGAGGAGCAUUCAAAAAUAGAACAUGACACAGAAGAUGUAUUCAAGAAGCCUACAUUUCACUUCUCUUCGUCAAUUAAAAAGGACACUGAAGAUGAAAAGGCAGUUUUCAAGUCAGGGAAAGUUAUAAUGCCUGAAUACGUUGUAGGAGUCACAAAAAAGAAAGAAAAGAAGAAUCUUCCCAAAAAAGAACCAAAAGCAAGCCAGGAGCCAGUACAUAAAAAUGGACUGAAAUUGGAUCAUCUUUAUGAUGAUGAAGAAUAGUUUUUAAUGAAUUAUGAAAUUAAUAAAAAGCUCUAAGUUUAUUAUAGUUAUAUCUUUGUAC